AUGCCCAAUAAUAUUUCAAUUUCAGGGAGAUUCUGGCACAUCUCUGACCUGCAUUUUGACCCCCCCUACCAUGUGACUGAUGAAUACACCAACGUGUUCUCCUCUAAGGGUGUCCCAGCCUCAAACCCUGGUCUUUUUGGAAACUUUAAGUGUGACUCUCCAGCUCAUCAUGUCAGCUUCCAGCACAUGAAACAAGUUGCUCCACAGCCAGAGUUUAUGAUCUGGACAAGAGACAGCCCUCCACAUGUCCCAUCAGGGGAGCUGUCCACAGACGUGGUGAUCCAAGUCAUUAGCAACAUGACUCAAACCAUCAGGGAGUUCCUCCUAGACAUGCCGGUGUACCCCGCCCCCCGGAACCACGACUACUGUCCCCAGGUAUUCUAUCUAUUACACUGA